AUGUCCAAACUCUUUGUCGGCGGCCUCGCCUGGGCCACAACCAGCGACUCUCUCCGCGCCAAGUUCAGCGAAUUUGGUGAGGUAACUGACGCCAUUGUCAUGACCGACCGUGAGACCGGCCGAUCAAGGGGAUUCGGAUUCGUCACCUUCAGCGCCCAAGAGGAGGCUCAAGCCGCCAUCAACACGAUGAACGAGCAGGAGUUCGAGGGUCGCCAGAUCCGCGUUAGCGAGGCCAACCAGGGUGGUGGUGGCCGCGGUGGUGGCCGAGGUGGUUACGGCGGCGGCGGCGGCUACGGCCGUGGCAGCGGUGGUGGUGGAUGGAGAGAUUAA